AUGGAGCUUCCCAGUUACAGCAAGCAGCUGCUGCAGCAGCUGUACGCUCUCUGCAAGGAGCAGCACUUCUGUGAUUGCACCAUCUUCAUUGGGAACGUUCAUUUUAGAGCACACAAGGUGGUUUUAGCUGCUGCCAGCCUGCUUUUUAGAUCCCUCUUGGACAGCACAGACACCAUCUCCAUCGAUGCUUCUGUGGUGACCCCUGAGGAGUUUGCACUCUUGCUGGAGAUGAUGUACAGUGGCAAACUCCCACUGGGGAAACAUAAUUUCACCAAAGUUAUCUCCGUGGCAGAUAGUCUGCAGAUGUUUGAUGUGGCUGUUAGUUGCAAAAACCUCCUUAGGGACCUCAUCAGCUGUUCUACUCUGGACCAGGUAGUGAGAGAAGUCUCCAGCCAGGCAGCAGACUCGUCUGGAAACCAUGCUGAAGCUAAUGACCUGCCCCAGUCUGAAAAACCUGAUGAAGGACAAACACAUAUCCUCCUCUCUCGGAGCGUUUCCCCUUUUCCUGGCCCUGUAGAAGCAGAAAUGGAAGCAGAUGUUUCUCCUCCUGGCCAAGAACUUACCGUGAAUCACACCUGGGUUCACCAGGACGUGAUGUCAAGUGACUCCAGAUCCCUCCAGGAGGAUUCAGGCACUCGUCCUGACCAGCCUGCCUGUGCCAAGCCGGGUGGCUGUGCGGAAGAGGAGCUUGCUGAGCCUCUGGAGGAGAAAGGAGGAGCGAGGGGUUUAGACAGCAAAAGCUGUGAACUGGAUUUCUUUCUUCAGUAUGAAAGUGUUUUCUCUGAGGCCCUUUCUGAUGCCCAAGAUGUGCUGAAAAGACUAGAAGAGUGCAGAGAAAUUGCUGCCUCUCAAAAGGAGGCUCUGGUUGUCUGUCUGGCAGAGGCAGGGGAAGAGUCGGUGUUCAAGAAGCUGCUGAGCAAAGUGAAGGAUGCUCAGGCCCUGGAUGCUCAGACCAUCGUGUCUUUACUGAAACUGUUUCAAGAUGCAAAUCCGAAGCUGAGAGCGGCUUUGCUGGAGAGGGAACAAGGCAGCGGAGACACCCUGCAGCAAACAGAGAGCACAGAUGAGGGCGAGACACUGACCACUCGGUUGCUGGGAUGCAGGGAGGAGCUGAUCCAGAGCGUGACACAGCUGAGCCCCAUCGUAGAGUUCUUGGAGGCAGCAGAAGAGGGAUUCCUGACCGCCUCAGAGAAGCGGGUAGUUUUGGAUUGCUGUGAAGGUGGUUCUCAGAGGGAAGCCAUGGACAAUCUGCUCAGGAAGGUGAAUGAAGAGAAAACUCUGAAAGCGGAAAGUUUGGUCAAACUUCUGGGGGCUGUGAAAGCAUCAUUCCCUGGUCUCCGCAUUCUGCUAGACAGCUUGGUGGCAACAGCAAGUGUCUCUGAUGGCAAAGCCAAAUGGAGCUCAGAGGAUUAUGGAGCCAAACUGUUGAGACAAUACCGAGAAAACUUAGUGGAGCUCCUCACAGACACCCAGACGCUGCUGCAGGGCAUCUCUGCUGCACAGAGCCUGUCCCCAGCUGAGAGAGAGGCAAUGGAGCAGGUUGUGAAGCGCGAGGCUGGCGGUUUCGCCUCGCUUGUGUCGGCAGCGCUGGAGGAGCGGUCUCUGUCGGUCUCUGCCGUUUGGCAGCUGCUGCUGGCUGUGCGGGAACCUGCACCGCUGAACCUGCUGAUGGAGGAGAUCCGGAAACAACCCGAUGCAGAGUUUUUCUUCCGAGCAGUGGCCACCAGCGAGAGCACAGCCAUUGAGAUCAUCCUGCGGCACCGCAAGCUGAUCUCAGAGGCCAUCAAGCAGAGAGUGGACCUGGAGGGCUUGGCUCCGGGUGAGGCAGGACUCACAGAAAUGGUGAAAGAGCUGCUGAGAGUUUCUGCUCAGAAGGAAAGUUCAGAGGCCUCAUUGAAAGCAGCUCUGAGCAUAGCCCAGGAGAAGUCUGUCCCAGCCAUCAAGAUCUGUCAGCUGCUGUGCAAUGUCCAUGAGUCCUUCCCGGACCUGCAGCCAGUGAUGCAGGAGCUGGGGCAUGUGGGUCUCUUGACUGAGGGAAGUGGGGAGAAACCUGGGAUCAGGAAGUGGAAGGUGAACAGUGAAUCCCAAGUUGAAGCUCUGGACAAAGAUGAGUACAAGGUGGGAGGUGCCGGUGCCAAGGAGCUGAAGGAACCCCAAGAAAAAGCUUCUUCCAAGAAGAGUUUUGUCUGCAAAGCCUGCGAAAAGACCUUCCACUUCUACUGCCGCCUGAAGGUGCACAUGAAACGUUGUCAGGUGGCCAGAGGAAAGCAAAUCCAGUGUAAGGAGUGCAGCGAGGUCAAAUCGACAAAGAAGGAGCUGGAGAAGCAUCAGCUGGAGGUUCAUGGAGUGGUGGGGACAGCCAAGAAGAAGAAGAAGCGGCUCCCCGUGGUGUGUGACAUCUGUGGCCGAGAGUUUGCUCAUGCCUCAGGGAUGCAGUACCACAAGCUGACGGAGCACUUCGACAAGAAGCCCUUCUCCUGCGAGGAGUGUGGGGCCAAGUUUGCAGCCAACUCCACACUGAAGAACCACCUGAGGCUGCACACGGGGGACCGGCCCUUCAUGUGCAAGCAUUGCCUGAUGACCUUCAUGCAGGCCUCGGCCCUCGCCUACCACACCAAGAAGAAGCACGCUGAGGGGAAGAUGUACGCCUGCCAGUACUGCGACGCCGUGUUUGCUCAGUCCAUCGAGUUGUCGCGCCAUGUCCGGACUCACACGGGGGACAAGCCGUACGUCUGCCGGGAGUGUGGGAAAGGCUUUCGCCAGGCCAACGGGCUCUCCAUCCACCUCCGGACCUUCCACAACAUCGAAGAUCCCUAUGACUGCAAGAAGUGCCGGAUGAGUUUUGCCACCCUGCAGGAGCACCGCAAGCACAUCCACGAAGCCCACUCCCGGGAGUACCACCCCUGCCCCACCUGCGCUAAAGUCUUCAGUGCCCCAUCACUCCUCGAGCGCCACAUGGUGACCCACGUCGGGGGAAAGCCCUUUAGCUGUGAGAUCUGUGACAAGGCUUACCAGCAGUUGUCAGGGUUAUGGUAUCACAACCGGACCCACCACCCCGAUGUCUUUGCAGCUCAGAAUCAUCGCUCCUCCAAGUUCUCCUCCCUGCAGUGCAGCUCCUGUGACAAAACCUUCUCCAGCACUGCAGCUCACCGAAAGCACGUCAAGGCAGAGCACGCAGACGUGAAGUUCCAUGAGUGUGAGACGUGCAAGGAGCUCUUCCCCACGCCGGCUCUCCUGCAGGUCCACGUGAAGUGCAGGCACUCAGGCUCCCAGCCAUUUCACUGCUUGUACUGCUCAGCAUCCUUUCGCUUCCCAGGGGCCCUGCAGAACCAUGUCACCAGCGAACACUUCAAGCAGACAGAGAGCACCUUCACCUGUGAGCUCUGUGGGGAGCUCUUCCCCUCCCAGGACAAGCUGGAGGGGCACUACAGCGCUGAGCAUCCCAAAGAGGUCUUCUCCCAAGCCACCACAGCCCAGAUUGUGCAGGUGAUUCAGACGUUGGAGCACGGAGCAGCAGAGCACAUCAUCUCUUUUGAUGACACCCAACUUGCUGGCUCCCAAGUCUUUGUGACAUUGCCUGAAUCCCAAGUGAGCCAAACUGGCUCAGAACUGGUGGCAGUGACUAUGGAGGACUUGUUUGAUGACAAAGUCACUCUGAUUUGUGAAGAAACCAAGUGA